UAAAAAAAAUUAAUUUUUUUUUUGGGAGGAUGAGAGUUCGAGCAGCGGAUCGGCUCACGGCGGCGGCGGCGGCGGCGGCGGUGGCGGUGGCGGUGGUUUUUGCGGCGAAUGUGGCAGCCAUGGAGCAUGAUUACGGCGAGGCGCUGAGGAAGAGUAUAAUGUUCUUUGAGGGACAGAGGUCAGGCCGGCUUCCGCCGAGCCAGAGGGUGAUGUGGCGCCGUGAUUCCGGCCUCCACGACGGCGCCGACGACGGUGUGGACUUAACCGGAGGAUACUACGACGCCGGCGACAACGUGAAGUUCGGCUUCCCAAUGGCCUUCACGGCAACCCUACUCUCAUGGAGCAUCAUCGAUUUCGGGAGAAGUAUGGGUCCUCACCUCAACGACGCCAUCGCAGCCGUCCGAUGGGCCACGGAUUACCUCCUCAAAGCCACAGCCGUUCCCUCCGUCGUCUACGUCCAGGUCGGCGACGCAUUUCGAGAUCACUCCUGCUGGGAACGCCCUGAAGACAUGGACACACCGCGCACCGUCUACAAGGUCGAUCGCGACCAUCCGGGGUCCGAUGUCGCCGGAGAAUCCGCCGCCGCACUCGCCGCCGCUUCCAUUGUGUUUAGAUCUAGAGAUCCCGAUUACUCUCGCCGUCUUCUCGAUCGCGCUAUCACUGUAUUCGAGUAUGCGGACAAGUACAGAGGAGCGUAUAGCACGAGUCUCCGGCCAGCGGUGUGUCCCUUCUACUGUGAUUUCGACGGCUACCAGGACGAGUUACUAUGGGGUGCAGCAUGGCUGCACAAGGCUUCACGCCGGCGAGAGUACCGGGAAUACAUAAUGCGGAACCAGGACGUUCUCGGCGCCGGUGACAGCGUUAAUGAGUUCGGGUGGGACAACAAACACGCCGGCAUCAACGUUCUGAUUUCCAAGGAAGUGCUCAUGGGAAGAGAUGAUUACUUGCAAUCAUUCAGACUGAGAGCAGACAACUUCAUUUGUUCAGUCUUCCCUGGUGGAGGCCCUUCACACCCUCCCCAAAUCCAAUACUCUCCAGGAGGGCUUUUAUUCAAGCAAGGAGGAAGCAACAUGCAGCACGUGACAGCACUGUCCUUUUUAGUCCUAUCCUACGCCAACUAUCUAAGCCAUGCCAACCACCACGUGACGUGCCAGGGCUACACAGCCACGUCAUCGCAGCUAAAGAUGCUAGCAAAGAGACAGGUGGAUUACAUAUUAGGGACCAAUCCUUUGGGGAUGUCCUACAUGGUAGGGUAUGGUAACAGGUAUCCUAAAAGAAUUCAUCACCGGGCCAGCUCUUUGCCAUCGGUGAGGGCUCAUCCGGGUCGGAUCCGGUGCAAAGAAGGGACACGUUACUAUCUUAAUCCGGGUCCGAACCCGAAUGUUCUGGUUGGGGCUGUUGUGGGUGGGCCUGCUAACCUUAGUGAUGCUUUCUCUGACACGCGUCAACAGUUUCAGGUGUCUGAGCCUACCACUUAUAUCAAUGCUCCCCUGUUGGGUUUGCUUGCUUAUUUCUAUUCUCAUCCUAAUCUCAACAACUAACUAUAAUUAGUCACUAGUAUUACAUUAGAAUAUGUUUGUUGUAUUAUUAUUAUUAUUAUUAUUAUUUGAUGUUUCCUAAGGAAAUCCUUGUAUGCCAGCCAUUAUAAUGCAAUGUUCUUUUUGUCUCAA